AUGAAUCAGACUGAGUUUAACCAAUCUGAUCACUGCCUUCAGUUCUCCUGCGCAGAUCGAUCAGCUUUCCCUGCCGUUUACGUCUUCCUGAGCGUUUCUGCUGCUGCUGUCGUUCUGCUCACAAUUUGUGGGAAUCUUCUCGUCAUCAUCUCCGUUUGUUACUUCAAGCAGCUCCACACACCGACCAACAUGCUCUUGCUCUCUCUGGCUGUGUCCGAUUUCCUGGUCGGACUUUUUGUGAUGCCGUUCCACUUCACAUGGCUGAUCGAGUCGUGCUGGAGGUUCGGACAAGCUUUCUGCAUCCUGUUUAAUUUCCUCAGCUUUCAGCUUACGAGUGUGUCUGUGGGUAACGUGGCUCUGAUCGCUCUGGAUCGUUAUGUGGCCCUGAGCAACCCGUUUCUGUACUCCAAAGACAUUUCAUCUACUCUCGUUCACACUGUUAUAUUAUUAUCCUGGUUGUUUUCACUGUUGUACAAUUCUGUGAUGUUUUAUAUGAAUGGAAAUUUCACAGAUUUGUCCCUGUGCCCGGGAGAAUGUCUGUACACCCUUGGUGAAGUCAGCUCAUUCAUUGAUUUGGUUUUCAUAGUUGUUGUGCCCAGCGCUUUAAUGGUGAUUUUAUAUAUCCAGAUCUUCGUUAUUGCCAGGAGGCACGCUAACGCCAUACGAGAACUCAGUCAGAUCAACAAGAACCUCUCCAAAACUCACCUGGACUCCACGAAAUCUGAGAGAAAAGCUGUGACGAUGCUUGGCAUUCUGGUUUUUGUGUUUCUUGUGUGCUUGGUGCCGUAUUACGUGAGCAGUUUAAUGAGUGAUACCAUCUCUGAUUCGUCUUACCCCAUAAUCAAUAAUAUUUUAAUCCUUUUUUAUCUCAAUUCAUCCAUUAAUCCCAUCAUUUAUGCUCUGUUUUAUUCCUGGUUCCAGAAAUGCAUUAGAAUAAUAGUGAGCUGUAAAAUUCUGCACACUGAUUGUUCUUUUGUAAACGUGAUUGAAAUAAACUAA